AUGCAGUACACUUGUAACAGUUGUGGGUUGGCUUUUGCCUCCCCAGAUGACCAGAGAAUUCACAUGAAGUCCGACUGGCACAGAUACAACUUGAAGAGAAGGGUUGCGGACUUGCCCGCCAUUUCCGAGGAGAACUUCAAGACCAAGGUUGCUGUCAGAGGCAGAAAGGGUGGCAAGUUGGAGGCCGAUGUGCAGAAGACCGUUACCAAGAAAGAGCAGAGGCAGAGAGAGAAGGAAGCCUUGAUGGAGAAGAAGAGACAGUUGUUGGAAGCCGCCAGGGCCUCCAUGAUUGCUGCUGGUACCAACACCCAGGCGCAGUUUGACCAAAUCACUAGCGAGCUCGAGCUGAUUAAGAUCCAGGAGCCAGUUACGACCCCAGAGCCGGCCGAAGCUACCGAGGAGGCGCAGCCGGAGUUGAGCCAGGAAGAACAGUUAAUGCAAGCCAAGUUGAAGAACCAGGUCGAGAUCCCGGCCAACUGCUGUCUCUUCUGUCCAAACAAGUCCUUCCCUAACGCCGCUGUGGCUGAGGACCACAUGUUCAGAAAGCACGGUUUGUACAUUCCAGAAAGGGACUACCUUGUGGAUAAGGCCGGUUUGAUGCAGUACUUGUCCGAGAAGAUUGGCUUGGGUAACGUCUGUAUUGUGUGUAACUUCCAGGCGAGAACCUUGGAGGCAGUCAGAGCGCACAUGUUGGCGAAGUUCCAUUGUCGCAUUCCGUACGAGUCUGAGUCCGAGAAGCUCGAAAUCUCAGACUUUUACGAUUUCUCUUCCACAUACGGUGACGCCGCUGCUCCAGAGGGCGAUGCCACUACCCCGGAGGGCGAGUGGGAGGAUGUCGAAGAGGGCGAAGACGACAGUGACGAGGAGGCGCCUUUGCCUACCGAGGUGGCUAUCAACAACGGCCACGAGUUGCUUUUACCGAGUGGUGUUGUUGUGGGACACAGAUCGUUGAGCAGAUACUACAAACAGAGCUUGAGACCGGAGCAGGUAUUGUCCGAAGGCCAGGGUACCGUGAUCGCCGCGGAGUCCCGCCACAUGUUGUCGGUCAUGGACAAGAAGGAGUACGCCGAGAAGAAGAGAGAGUGGGGUUGGGAAAAACACACCGCCGACCAGUUCGACAGAAAGGCCAAGAAGUUCAUCAACAACCAACCGCACUACUUCGAUCAGUUGUUACAAUAG